AUGACAGACUCUGAUGUGGCUGAUCACAUGACUCGACUGAAACUCAAACUCCUUGAGAAGAAACUAGACAAUGAACGCGAACACUUGGAUGACUUGGACUCUUCCUUUCCUGCAGCAAGGAAUUAUGGCGGCCAUGGCUAUGCAUUACAAAGUGCAUUGAGACGAAGAAAGGAUCUUCUGCAGCAGCUCAGGGAGCAAAAUCUUUUGGAAGAAUCUUCACUACCACGUGGAUUGCCAAAAAUCCAAAAGAAGUACUUCAGACCAGAACCAGAACUUAUCUUCCAAACUCCUCUUCCUCCUCCUUUACCUGAACAACCAAGAAUUAUCCAGCAGACAUUGCCUCAGCAGCCAGCAACCAUUAUUCAGCAAAUACCUCAGCAUCCACCACUCAUUACCCAGAUUCCAUCUCCCCAGUCUUUCCCAGGCCCCCGCUCUGGGAGUAUUAAGGAAGAUAUGGUGGAAAUGAUGCUUAUGCAAAAUGCACAGAUGCACCAGAUCAUUAUGCAGAACAUGAUGUUGAAAUCUCUGCCACCACCUGCGUAUUCACCAGCUAGUGGGCAUGGGGUUCCCAUGCUUCACCAUGGACAACAGUUCACUGCUCCUGUUCUGGUAAGAGCAGAGAAGACACAACCAUCAACAGUACAUCAUCAUCACUAUACAUCUUCAGGGGUACCAGCUAUUCCAUCUCAGCUUGGCUUUUCCAUGGGGCCUUCAGUGAUGCAACCUGGCCUUGGCCCACCACUGGGAGGAUUCCCUUCUGAUGUACAUCAUCUGCCCAUCCAAACCAUGGCACCAUAUAUUGUACCAUCCAAUGGACUGCUUGGAUUACCCUGGGUUUAUAGACUUCUACAGCACCUGAAGGUGGCCAGCAAAGGGGCAAUGAUCACAAUCCUGAACUUUCACUGGAGCUCUUCAUCUAAUACUCCUUUCACUGUAGGGAUGAUUGAUAUUCUGGUCCUAUGA